AGGACUGUUGUCUCGGUGGCUAAGUUGCCAGAGUCGUGCAAGAGCGCUCGGCCCCUUGAAAUAAUAUCCAACCCAACAACAUACCGACUUUGUGAAGCGCCUGUUGCCAUUCCCUCCCUCAGAUCGCCUCAACCCAGCCUCAUUUUGACCCUCUCCGCAGGGAGUUUAGUCAACCCGACGGUAUCCUCCUCCAGCCUGACGCCAGUCAUUCGGUCCAGGGCAACACGGUUUCUCUCUCUCUCUCUCUUGCUUUUCUCUCCCGCUUUCUCAACUCGACCAUUUUGUACCGCUGGCCGGUCACAAUUCCGCCCAUGUCAGCCGAGUCGCCGCCUCGUUGUGUUCACACGUCAUCCCGGCCUGGCAGUGCGAGCCGAUCAGCCGCCUCGGGACGAACUCACCGACCCCGUCCGCCCGGAUAUUGGUCGCCUGAAUAGCCAGGUCCCCAGGCCCCCUGGGAGACCCACAUGCUGGCAAACCGUAAAGAGCAUCGAGGGGAUGCAGGCCAAGCCCUAUAAAGGCAGCUCAGGCAUGAACAAAUAUCAACACAGUCGACGUAAUCAGUUGACUGGGCACUCUUUACUGCGUCUUUACUGCCUGAUCUAUUCAUUUUGUCCCGGUAUCCGAUUCUGCUUCAACACCUUCAGCAAGUCAAGUGGACGAUGUUGUAGCCGCUCGGUACGUCCAGUGGAACAGCUGACCGGUCCACUACGACCUGUUGACGGACAUCUUUUGGAUCUGGACGCACGGUUAUGCCUGGCCCGACCAACGUUCUUUGUCAGUCGCGGCAAACAUUUUAUUGGCCUGUCCAGCCUUCCUGUCACAAAUGACAACUUUGGUGAUUAUUAA